AUGAGUAUCAUAAGAGUCUUGAUAUUACUUAUAUUACAAGCUCUGUUCAUCACAAUAAACUGAGAUGAACAGGAAAUAAUAGAAGUCCCUACUCCAGAACCGGAACUCAAACCUUACGAUCCACAAAGAAUCUGCUCCCAAGCAUUUGAUUGAACUUCAUGUCAAAAAUUCAAAGAGUGCACAUUUCUGAACAACACCUGCGUUCCUUACAAUAUGUACGGUAUCAGAUUCAUAUAACCUACAACGCCUAUGAAGACUACAUCUACUGCAAGAACGCUAGUGAUCGUGGAGAAACCCACCUCUCACAAAGACCUGGCAAAGAAAUUCAUUUGGGCCAUAACAAGGAGGAAGACGUCUUCCAUGAUGAUUUUAGGAAGGAAAGGAAUGGGGGUUAUGAGACUGGGAGAGUUUGUGAAUGGAAUUUAAAGGUGGAUAAUGUUAAGGAAGGCAGUCCAAAGAAGCUCGGAUGUAGUCAAGAUGCAUACUCUGAGGUUACUGUGGAAAUUAUAAGAGAUCCAAGAAAUUUAGAGGAGAUAUAUUUAGAGAUUGGCACCAAUACAGGCUGGAGAUAUUUGGAUUCAAAAACUAUUGCAAAAUGCGGAUCUGAAGUUCUUACGUUUUAUAAUACGACUAGUGUUAAGGUCAGAGCGAAGAGAAUGAGUGAGGAAUCAAAUUAUUCGAUCAUUAUAUCUGAGAAGUCUACCACAACUUGAGAGUAUCAAAGAGUCUCUGUGAUAUUAAUCUUUAUCUUUAUUUCGAUGUUUUGAGGAAUGAUGGUUGUAUCAUGCAUCUAUAUCUGUAUUUCAAGCUUCAUCAACAAGCCAGAUAAAGCUAGGAUUAGAAAGAAAAAGAAGCAACUCAAAAAGCAAAGAGUUGAUAAAUACAUGGCUAGAAUAGAUCACGGGACUGUGGGUGAUUUAAAAUUUAACUAUUCGGAGACAACUUGAUCUAUAUGCCUUGGAACUUACACUGAGAAUCAAAGCGUGCAUAUCACUAAAAAAAUUUCAGCAAUUAAUGUGUGAAAUCAUUCUUUCCAUUCUUUGUGCUUAAGAAAGUGUCUCAUGAGGACCAAAUUAUCUAAAGACUUAAAAUGUCCAGUCUGAAAGACGACUCUAAAAAAUCUUGAAGAACCAAGUCUGUUGCAGGAGUCUCGUGAGACUGAGCUUUCUGUUGGAAUUUAACUCUCAAUUAUC